CUCACGUACCUCUCCUGUUUUAACAGAUGAAUUUUAUCUUCAAGAACCACCAGCGACCGCGAGCCUCCCGCAGCGGCCAGUUUUCACCUCAAUAAUCGCUCAUUUCCUGCUUCAUUCCCUUCGUCGCCUUUUGUUCAUGCAGGCUGAUCCUGCAGCUCUCGCUCCCGAAUUAUUCUGUCAGUUGAAGGACGUUGGGACCAGGGCUAGCUUCAGCCAUCAAGACCGCCUAGAUGGCGCACAGUUAUGAUGUUGGCACAAAAGCAUGGCAGCCAGAUGCCACCGAGGGCUGGGUGGCCUCUGAGGUCACCUCGAAGAAGGUUGAUGGGGACAAAGUCUUCCUGGUCUUUGAGCUCGCAAACGGCGAGACCAAGAACGUUGAGACAAAUGCAGGAGCUCUUGCAGAGGCCAAUAACCCGCAACUGCCUCCCCUGAUGAACCCGACCAUGCUCGAAGCCAGCGACGACUUGACCAAUCUAUCACAUCUUAAUGAACCUGCGGUCCUUCAAGCAAUUCGAUUACGCUACUCGCAAAAAGAAAUAUACACAUACAGCGGAAUCGUCCUGAUCGCCACGAACCCCUUCGCGCGGGUAGACUCUCUAUAUGUGCCGGGAAUGGUGCAAGUAUACGCAGGAAAACAAAGAGCAACGCAGGCACCCCAUCUAUUUGCUAUUGCUGAGGAAGCUUUUGCCGACAUGCUGCGGAGUGGGAAGAACCAAACAAUUGUGGUAUCCGGAGAAUCUGGAGCUGGAAAGACGGUCAGCGCCAAGUAUAUAAUGCGAUAUUUUGCUACAAGGGAAUCGCCGGACCAACCUGGGACGCGGAAGCGUGGAGUGGAGGCAAUGAGCGAGACUGAAGAACAGAUUCUCGCUACGAAUCCCAUCAUGGAAGCUUUUGGUAAUGCAAAGACCACGCGAAACGACAAUUCCUCUCGAUUUGGAAAGUACAUCGAAAUCAUGUUUGAUGACAAAACAAACAUCAUCGGGGCCAAGAUACGGACUUACUUGCUAGAACGCUCGAGGCUAGUCUUUCAACCUCUGAAGGAACGGAAUUACCACAUUUUCUACCAAUUGGUAGCAGGAGCAAGUGAAAGUGAACGCCAAGAGCUGGGAUUGCUGCCAGUGGACGACUUCAACUACCUCAACCAGGGGAGCUCUCCUACGAUCGAUGGGGUUGACGACAAGGCGGAAUUCGAGGCUUUGAAGAAAUCGUUGACGACCAUUGGGGUAACCAGCAGUCAACAGUCCGAGAUUUUUAAGUUACUUGCCGCACUGCUUCACCUGGGUAAUAUCAACAUCACGGCUUCACGGACCGAUUCUGUUUUGGCGUCGACGGAGCCCUCCCUAGUGAAAGCCACCGCAAUUCUUGGGGUUGAUCCAGUUGAAUUUGCAAAGUGGACCGUGAAGAAACAGCUGAUUACCAGAGGGGAGAAGAUCACCUCGAACUUGACACAACAACAAGCAACCGUUGUCCGAGACUCUGUUGCAAAAUUUGUCUACUCGAGUCUUUUCGACUGGCUGGUGGAGAAUAUUAACCAUGCUCUUGCUACGGACGAGGUCAUCAGUCGAGUCAAGUGUUUCAUUGGCGUUCUCGAUAUUUACGGAUUCGAACAUUUUGCCAAGAACUCGUUCGAACAAUUUUGCAUCAACUAUGCAAACGAGAAACUCCAACAAGAGUUUAAUGCCCACGUCUUCAAAUUAGAGCAAGAGGAGUAUCUGAAAGAACAAAUCGACUGGACCUUUAUCGACUUCUCAGACAAUCAACCCUGCAUAGAUCUGAUUGAGGGAAAGCUGGGUAUAUUGUCAUUGUUAGACGAGGAAUCAAGACUUCCCAUGGGAUCCGACGAGCAGUUCGUUACCAAGCUGCAUCACAACUAUGCAGCGGACAAGAAUAAGUUCUACAAAAAGCCCCGCUUUGGGAAAUCAGCCUUUACUGUUUGUCACUACGCUAUCGAUGUCACUUACGAGUCGGAUGGUUUCAUUGACAAGAACCGGGAUACGGUUCCUGAUGAGCAUAUGGCUGUGUUGAGAGCCUCUUCUAACAAAUUUUUGGGUCAGGUAUUGGACGCUGCGUCUGCUGUUCGGGAGAAAGAUACUGCCUCCGCUGCAUCGGCGGCAGUAAAGCCUGUUCCCGGCCGAAGGAUAGGGGUUGCGGUCAACAGGAAACCCACAUUGGGUGGUAUCUUCAAAUCGUCGUUGAUCGAACUCAUGCACACGAUCAACAAUACAGAUGUUCACUAUAUUCGAUGUAUCAAACCCAACGAAAGCAAGGAGUCAUGGGUUUUCGAGGGACCCAUGGUAUUGAGCCAGUUGCGAGCUUGUGGUGUGCUUGAGACUGUCAGAAUUUCUUGCGCUGGAUAUCCAACGAGAUGGACAUACGAGGAAUUUGCGCUGAGGUAUUACAUGCUUGUGCCUUCAUCAGCAUGGACGUCGGAGAUUCGAGCAAUGGCAAAUAAAAUACUUACAAAGGCGCUUGGAACCAGCAGCGGCGGAGGCCUCGACAAGUAUCAGCUUGGUCUGACGAAGAUCUUCUUCCGCGCGGGCAUGUUGGCUUUUCUUGAGAACCUCCGAACAAAUCGCCUGAACGAUUGUGCGAUUAUGAUACAGAAGAAUUUGAAGGCAAAAUACUGCCGACGCAAGUACCUCGAGGCAAGAAAUGCGAUUCUGUUCUUUCAGUCAGCUACAAGAGCUCAUCUUGCUCGGAAACAUGCACAAGAAACUCGCAAGAUCAAAGCCGCUACAACGAUACAGAGGGUGUGGCGUGGCCAGAAAGAACGCAAAAAGUUCAAUGCUAUUCGAAACAAUGUUAUCCUCGCACAAGCUGCUGCGAAAGGUUUUUUGCGCAGAAGGGAGAUUAUGGAGACGCGUGUUGGCAACGCUGCUGUUCUGAUCCAGAGAGUGUGGCGGUCAAGGCAGCAAAAGAAGAGCUGGAGACAAUACCGACGCAAAGUCGUUAUUAUCCAGAGCUUGUGGAGGGGUAAGCAAGCUCGCCGUGGCUAUAAGAAGGUCCGCGAAGAAGCACGCGAUCUCAAACAAAUCUCCUAUAAGCUGGAGAACAAGGUGGUGGAGCUUACGCAAUCUCUUGGCUCUAUGAAGAGAGAGAACAAGACCCUCCUCAGCCAAGUCGAGAACUACCAGAACCAGAUCAAAUCGUGGCAGACAAGGCACAACGCCCUCGAAACACGCUCGAAGGAAUUGCAAGGCGAAGCGAACCAGGCCGGCAUCACUGCGGCUCGUCUUUCGGCCAUGGAAGAAGACAUGAAGAAGCUCCAGCAAAAUUUCGACGAGUCAGUUGCCAAUAUUAAACGCCUCCAGGAUGAGGAGAAGGAAUUGAGGGAAUCUCUGAGAGUGUCUAAACUUGACGCUGAAGAGACCAAGAGAGCCAGCCAGGUUCACGAGACAGAAAAAGUGACUCUUCGCCAACAACUUGCAGAGCUGCAAGAUCAACUCGAGCUUGCCAAGCGAGCUGUUCCGAUCAUGCCGACCAAUGGUGAACUCACAAAUGGAGCCGCGGUUCAGCAACCAUCCAACGGGUUCAUCAACUUGGUAUCGUCAAAGAAGCCAAAGAGACGCAGCGCUGGUGCCGAAACGCGCGAUAUCGACCGCUUCAGUGGUGCAUACAACCCUCGCCCGGUAUCAAUGGCUGUUACCGGCAGCAAUCUCCAUCGCCAAGGCCUUCCUGGGUCUACCUUCCUUCCAGGUGUUGACAACGUGGAAUUCGAGCUUGAGAAUCUUCUUGCAGACGAAGAUGGCCUUAAUGACGAGGUAACCAUGGGGUUGAUCCGCAACCUCAAGAUACCCGUUCCAUCCACGGCACCAUCACCAACAGACAAGGAGGUCCUCUUCCCCUCAUACUUGAUCAACCUUGUCACCUCUGAGAUGUGGAAUAAUGGAUUCGUGAAGGAGUCAGAGAGGUUCCUCGCGAAUGUUAUGCAGUCGAUCCAACAGGAAGUCAUGCAGCAUGAUGGAGAAGAAGCAAUCAAUCCUGGUGCAUUCUGGUUAUCAAACGUCCACGAAAUGCUCUCCUUUGUGUUCCUUGCUGAAGAUUGGUACGAAGCUCAAAAGACGGACAACUACGAAUAUGAUCGUCUUCUUGAGAUUGUCAAGCACGAUCUUGAGAGCUUGGAGUUCAACAUCUACCAUACUUGGAUGAAAGUUCUCAAGAAGAAGUUGCAAAAGAUGAUCAUCCCCGCGAUCAUCGAGUCCCAGUCACUUCCCGGCUUUGUCACCAACGAGAGCAACCGAUUCCUGGGUAAACUUCUCCAAACCAACUCGACGCCAGCAUUUAGCAUGGAUAACUUGUUGAGUUUGCUCAACAACGUCUUCAAGGCGAUGAAGGCAUACUAUCUUGAGGAUUCCAUCAUCACUCAGACAAUCACGGAGCUACUUAGACUGGUUGGAGUUACUGCGUUCAAUGAUCUUCUCAUGCGAAGGAACUUCCUUUCCUGGAAGCGAGGUCUGCAGAUCAACUACAACAUAACGCGAAUUGAAGAGUGGUGCAAGAGUCAUGAUAUGCCUGAAGGAACGCUGCAGCUUGAACAUCUCAUGCAAGCAACCAAGCUCUUGCAACUCAAGAAAGCGACCUUGAAUGAUAUCGAGAUCAUUCAAGAUAUCUGUUGGAUGCUGUCGCCAAACCAGAUUCAGAAGUUGCUGAACCAAUACCUCGUGGCUGACUACGAACAGCCCAUCAAUGGCGAGAUCAUGAAAGCUGUUGCCUCUCGAGUCACAGAGAAGAGUGAUGUUCUCCUUCUUACCGCCGUGGAUAUGGAUGAUAGUGGACCCUAUGAGAUCGCUGAGCCUCGUGUCAUCACAGCUUUGGAAACAUAUACUCCAUCUUGGCUUCAAACUCCGCGCCUGAAGCGUCUUGCAGAAAUUGUUUCUGCCCAAGCCAUAGCUCAACAAGAGAAGCUUGAAUACCCGCAAGACGAUAUCAAUGAUCUCUCUGACAGCGACCCAAAUGGCGCUUGAUCGAAACCCGACCUCGCCAUAAAACCCUUUCUCACAUCCACUUCACUUCUCGUGUACCAUUUUCUCUCCAAACGUCUUAGAUGAUCUUCUACCAUUGGCUUCACGGGCCUUUUGUAUAUGGAACGUUCUUCCCUGUUAGCGUAAAUCUGAUGUCUUAUGUAGAACCUGGUACUUGUUGAAUGAUUGCACAUGGGACAUCUAGUGCAUUGUAGAAAUCAUUUGAUUCUUGGCGUUGAACUUUUAAGGAUAGGGGCUCGUGGAAGGGAGCGACGAUCGUCCUUCACUCGAUCCUGAGGCGAAGGUUAGGGAUAUACAUGGUAGAGGAAUUAAUACUCAAAUGUGACUAUGAAUCAUAAACUUCAUUGGACAGUCCG